UUUCGUUCGCUUCUUGGCGCCAGACUUGUGGACUUGAUGGCGAGUGUUGAUCCUAAGUUUGACUUGUUUGUUACAUUGACACACUUUUCUUGAUUAUAUUUCACACUUUGUGGCAGUAGACGCCGCCAGGAAACGCAUUGAACGACUACCACUCCAGGGUGUUUGAACUUAUUCAGGAUGAAUUGUGAACUUCUGGCAACAUGCAGUGCUCUUGGAUACCUGGAAGGAGACAUUUAUCACAAAGAAGCUGAUUGUUUAGAGAGUGUGAAAGACUUGAUCAGGUACUUGCGCUAUGAAGACGACACCCGCGAUGUCCGCCAGCAGCUGGGUGAAGGCCACAUCUUAGAACAUGACCUUCUGCCUAUUAUCACUCAGCACGGGCAUGAAAAGGCCUUGUUUGAUGCCUGCAUACGGCUAAUGGUCAAUCUAACACAACCUGCUAUGCUCUGCUUUGGGAAGGUUCCUGACGACCCCGUGUUUAGACACCACUUUUUGCAAGUGACCUCUCAUUUACAAGCCUACAAAGAGGCAUUUGCGACUGAGAAGGUGUUGGGCAUUUUAAGCGAGACACUGUACAACCUGUUGCAAAUGGAAUGGGAGCAGAGGCAGGAAGAAGACAACCUUCUGAUCGAGCGAAUUCUGAUGCUGGUCAGGAAUGUGCUUCAUGUACCUGCAGAUCCUUUGGAAGAGAAGAAAGUAGAUGACGAUGCCAGUGUCCACGAUAGGCUGCUCUGGGCCAUUCAUAUGAGUGGUUUUGAUGACCUGCUCAAGUUCUUGGCGUCGGCCCAGAGUGAGCAGCAGUGGAGUAUGCAUGUGUUGGAAAUAAUCUCUCUCAUGUUCAGAGACCAGACACCGGACACCUUGGUGAGCGCGGGACACGCUCGCUCGGCGGAGCAGAAGCAGAGAGACACUUCGGAGCUGGAAGGUCUGAGGCAGAAAGAGCAAGCAGAGAAACGUUCUCGCACAUUGCAAAGAGGAACCAGGCAUUCACGAUUUGGAGGGUCUUUUGUUGUGAAAGGACUCAAAGCAAUCGGAGACAAUGAUAUCAUUUAUCAUCGAAAUGUUCACAAUUUCAAAAACUACACUCACGACAUGGGUAAAGCUGUCCGACGUGUUCCAAGGCGAAAUCGACAGGCCCGGGAAAGUCAGGACCAACGGCGCUCGGCUUUAAACGUUCGACUCUUCCUGCGAGAGUUUUGUGUGGACUUCUUAGAGAACUGCUACAAUCGCCUCAUGUACAUUGUCAAGGAAAGCCUGAUUCGGGAGCAGUCUCAGGAGCACGAUGAGACUUACUAUCUGUGGGCGCUCAGCUUCUUCAUGGCCUUCAAUCGCGGCAACAAUUUCCAAGCUGAUUUAGUUUCCGAGACGAUGUCCACCCGCACUUUCCACUUCAUCGAGCGCAACAUCACCAAUUACUACGAGAUGAUUUUGACUGACCGCAAAGAGGCCACGUCCUGGUCCCGUAGGAUGCACCUGGCACUGAAGGCUUAUCAGGAGCUGCUCAUGACGGUGAACGAGAUGGACCGAUCGCAGGAUGAAAGCAUCCGCCACAGCGCCAAUGUGAUCAAAAGUAACAUAUUCUACCUGAUGGAAUAUAGGGAGAUAUUCCUGACUCUGCUGAGAAAAUAUGACGGGACGACGCAGCCGCAGUCUUACCUGAAAGAUUUGGUGGAGUCGACGCAUCUCUUCCUGCGUAUGCUCGAGCGCUUCUGCAAAGAUCGCAGGAACUUGGUUGUGCAGAAAAAGCGAGUGAAGCGGAAAAAGUCCAAGAAAGACAAAAAACAGCCAGUUGUAGAAAGAACCCCAGAAGCUCUGGCAGAUACCUGGAAAAAUGUGGAAGAACAACUGAAGGCGGUAAAUUUUCAGCUGGCAGAGUCUCUAACUGAGAGUAUCGUGCCUUUCGAUGCCACAUCGGAAACUCCUCUCGAGGAGCAGCGGACUGAGGCAAUGGUGCGGGUGCAGGAUGCGUUGCAGGCUCAAUUAGGACCGGAGGCUUUAGCGCUCCUGAGGGCUGCCAGGGAAGUAUGGCCCGAGGGAGACGUGUUUGGCUCGACUGAUGUGGAACCUGAAGAAGAACUGGAACUCCUCAAGCAGAUCUUGCAUGCAGAGCUGCCAAGGUCGGCCCCUCCUCCUGAAACUCAGGUGGAAGAGGAAGGUGAGGAUGAUGCUGAUCUAGAAGAGGACGAAGAGUUGGAGGCAGUCCAGGUUUCCGAAACGGAGUUCAAAUUUCUGGACUUUAUCAAAAAGUUCGCCAACCCCAACAUCGUGCGUCCAUACCUGCUCUUACUCAAAUCCUACGCAAAAAACACACCUCACACAAACCACUGCAUCGCUCGAAUGCUUCACCGUGUGGCAUUUGACCUCAAAAUGGACGCCUUGCUGUAUCAGCUGUCAGUCUUCCAUCUUUUCAACAAAAUCCUGAGUGACGCAGCUGCCGCUGCUUACAAGGAGCUGGUCACUUUUGCCAAGUAUGUGCUCAACCGUUUCUUUUCCCUGGCGGUCACCAACAACAAGGCCUACGUGGAACUGUUGUUCUGGAAAAACGUUGGCGCUGUGCGUGAGAUGACUGAAGGCUACGGCAAAGAUGGAGUGGAAAAGAUGUCAGCUUGGACGGAAGAAGAGGAGCAGGAAUUGUCUAAACUUUAUGAAGAGCACCGGCACUCUGAAGUGCCAGACAUUGUGGAGACCCUGCUGCCGUUGCUAAGCAAUAGUACGCGCACACGGAGGCAGGUUGUGACCCAGUUGGUGCGCAUGGGUCUGGUGAACAGCGCUAAAGAGCUGAAGAAACCCAAGAAAGGUACCAACAUCGUUCUUUGGACUGAGGACCAGGAAGAAGAACUUCAGAUGCUCUAUGAAGAAUACAAAGACUCCGAUGAUGUGCUUGGCAACAUUCUUAAGAAGCUCACGGCCAAGCGCUCUCGUGCACGCGUGGUGGACAAGCUGCUCAGCUUGGGCCUAGUCUCAGAGAGGCGAGAACUUUACAAGAAGAGGAGUCGAAGUGCCCGUCCCAAAAACUCUGCCGCACAAAUGAGUGAAGAGGAUUUCCUAGCUGAACUCACACAAGAUUUCCCAGGUGAGCCCCUGAACAGAGAAGAUGAGGAUGAGUCUGAAGAAAGUGAGGAAGAAGAUGAACUGGAAUUGGAAGAAGGACAGAGUGGUGGCAGCAGGAGGCGCCAGAGUCUUGUGUCGAAAGAGGAAAGGCAGGCUGAUGUCGGUGCCACGGUCACAAGGCUGCAUGAGGAAGGCAUGUCUGAAGCCCUUCAGUGGUUACAACGCUGUCUGGACCGAGCAGCUAAAAGCCGGGAAGAAGAUGGUUUUUCCCAGGCUACGCCUCUUGUGCCCCUCACUGAGGCAUGUGAAGACGCUAUGGAGGACAAGACCUUCCACGGGCUGCUGCGCAACCUGGGAAUGCGGGCGCCUGCAAAUGAACAGGAGACAUUUUGGAGAAUCCCAGAAAAGAUCAGCCCAUCCCAGCUCCGUUGUGCAGCUGCGUCUCUCAGGCAAAAUCCAAAUGAAUCUAAAAAUGAAGAGGUCCUCGUGGAAGACGACAACCCACCUGAAGAACAUCAGGAGGAGAAAAAGGAAGUCUCUGAUUCACAACGAGCAGAUGCUUUGAGAGCCCUGGUCGUUGCACGCAAGAGGAAACAGCACUCAAGCAAAGAUGACGCCCCUGAUAUGGAUUUAGCUUCCACUGAAGAUGCAAACAGUUCAUUUGAGAGGGCCAAAGAGAAGACAGCUAAAAGAAACAGAAUGUUGGACAGUGCCGAGGAGGAGGAUGACUGUUCCACCACGGUAAUGGAUACUCAUACAAACGGUGACGCAGAUUCAGACGAGGAAGAUGUAUCUGCACCAGUGAAGCGUCGGCGGAAGAUGGUAUUAAUUGAGGAAGAUGAGGAAGAGGAUUAAUUGCCCUUCCAAUGCAGUCAAUACAGUGAAAACAAACAACCCAAAGAAACAGUUCCUUCUGUUCGGUGUCGGUUUUCAUUUUCAAACGGUCACUCCUAUACUAGUAUGUAGUCAUGAUGUUAAGGAAAAUAUGUUUGCUGCUUUCUAUUUCGACUUUCAGCAUGAAUACCCAAGAAUAUUUUGUAUAACCCUGUAAUUAAACGUGAUACUUGCUAUUUCAAUAAAUGCCAUAAGAUAUGCCAUGGCACAAAUCUAGUCUAAUAAUUUGUAUUUUCAAAUAAAAUUCUGUGGUCAGAAAAAAAUGGCACAAUUGUAGUUAUCUAGUGUAUCGGUCUAAUCGCAGUGUAGUAAAACAUAAAAAUAUAAUCAAAGCUUUAUCAAAUAUUUUUCAGCAUACGCAAACGUUACUUGACUGUAUGAUGCACUGCAGUUCUGCACCUUUACAAACUACAACCACAGUAAUAAACAGUUAAACGAAUACCUCAAAACUAAAAUGAUUAUUCUCGUAAAGGUUUUGAUAUAGCUCUUGUAUUCGAUUACAUUUUCUUAAACUGUUGAAUUC